ACUUGCGAAGGAGCCCUCGGUAUGGAGUCGGGAGCAAUCCCGGACAAUGCUGUCACCGCCAGUUCCUCCUACGUGCCCAACGUAGGACCGAAAAACGGAAGAUUGCGACUGGAACGAGCCGGAGGCGCCUGGUGUCCGAAGCCCCAGGUGGAGAGCGGAGUCAGGGAGUACAUCCAAGUCGACCUGGGUUCGGUACACGUCGUGACGGGUGUACAGACGCAGGGAAGGUUCGACCACGGGAGAGGCCAAGAAUACGCCGAAGAAUACACCCUGGAAUACUGGAGGCCGGGUCUUCCCCAAUGGAGGCAGUACUCUCGCUGGGACGGAAAACAGAUCCUAAGUGGAAACAGCGAUACGGCGACAGUCGUCAGUCAUAGGAUAAUGCCUCCUGUUUUUGCUAGUCAGAUUAGGGUCCUCCCUUACAGCGUACAUCGUCGGACGGUCUGUCUCCGAAUUGAACUUCUUGGCUGCAUUUCACCAGAUGGAGUCGUCAGCUACAGCAUACCGAAAGACGAAAGCUGGAAGCCGGGACAGGAUUUGAGCGACGUCUCAUACGACGGUGAGGAGGACGGGCCGCUUCUGGUCAACGGUCUUGGCAGACUGGUCGACGGGACUUACGGAGGCGACAACUUCAAAAUGGAUGUCGGCCUAGGAAAAGGUAACGGCUGGGUCGGUUGGAAGAACGACUCCUUUCCGAAGAACUUUUUCGAGUUGGUCUUUGAAUUCGACACCGUCAGAAACUUCAGCCUAGUCAACCUCUUCACGAACAACUGCUUCACGAAACAAGUCCAGGUAUUCUCGAAGGCGAGGGUUAUGUUCAGCAUCAGCGGCUCCGUUUACAGCGGUAGAUCCGUCACGUAUUCAUACAUGCCGGAUAAAGUCCUGGAAAAUGCGAGGAACGUCACUAUCCAUCUGCACAACCACUUGGCCAGAUACGUCAAACUUCAACUUUAUUUUGCUUCUAAAUGGGUCAUGAUUAGCGAGGUGACAUUUGAAUCAGAACCGAUAGACGCAAAUGUCACGGAUGAAAUCGGUGCAAGUUUGGCAGAAGAGGAAAUAAUAAUCAAGUCGGGAGGUAUUCACGAUUCCAUGUGGGACAGCUAUGAAACCAUUGCAGCACCUACAGAGGAAAAUGGAUAUGUUGAAGUAAUCAUCGGAGUAUUGACUGCAGUUAUGCUGCUCCUGCUUGGCGUGUUCGUUAUCAUACUGGUACUUAGCAGGCGUCAGAAACUUCAAGGGUCUCCGACUACGAUAUUAAGAAACCCAUUUGGUGUAACUAUAAACAUGAAGGUAGAGGAUCUUCUUUUGAACCUUUCGCCUAUGAAUACGGGCAUUGUUCACGUCAGCGCGCAGCCGACUCCAGCGAGCCAGGAUCCACCGAGCGACCAGUCUUCGAUGUGUUUUGAACACACCCAACACUACCACACACCACUUGUCAACCCGUAUUAUGCCAGUACGACGUACGCUUCUAUAAGAGCGGAGUCUCCGAUGAGAAGAGAGGAAUCAAUACAUUCCGAUGUGUCCCACAAGGAAGCCGUUGACGACGUGAGCGACAAUAACAGUAUUACAGGCAGCCUGUCAGGCAAAGCAUACCAGAGCUAUUCGACCCUGCAGUUCAGGAGCAUACAAAACCCACCACUUGUAAUCAACGGUAAACCGAACAAUCUAUCAGCAACGCCCUAUGCCGUCACUGGACCAGAUUCUCCCGUGAGAAAACGAUACCACACUGCGCCAAGAGAGAAAAACAGGAUGGCACCUCCUGCAGUUUCAUGGAAUAUUGCACCCAGCAUGGGACAAUCCUACAAGUGUCGUGAAGGAGAAUUAGUACCCAUACCUCGAUAUUGCCUUCGGAUUUUACAGAAAUUAGGCUCUUGCCAUGUAGGAGAAGUGAUUAUGUGUGAAAUGGACGGUGAGGAAGUCGGUAAAGGGCAUGUUUUCGUUAAGACGAUGCAAGAAGAAUGUAUCAGAGAGAUAAAACUCUUGUCGAGUUUGAACGAUCAAAACGUUGUAAGGACUUUAGGCGUUUGUACAGCUGAACAACCACCUUGGGCGGUGAUGGAAUUCCCAUCUGAACUGGGCGAUCUAGCCCAUUUACUGACAUCAAAUGAAAACCUUAAGUAUGGAUGCUUAAUGUUUAUGUCCUUGCAAAUAGCUUCUGGAAUGAAAUAUAUGGAAUCGAAAAAUCUUGUCCAUAAGGAUCUAGCAGCUAGAAACUGUCUUGUUGGGAGAGGGUACACUAUCAAAAUAGCAGACAUUGCAAUGUGUAAUCCAAUUUAUGAAAAGCAUUACAGUGAAAUUGGAGGGCGUCCACCAGCACCGAUCAGAUGGCUUGCAUGGGAAAGCAUCCUACUCGAUCGGCAUACGUGUGCAAGUAGUGUAUGGUCGUUUGCCGUUACGCUUUGGGAAGUGUUCAACAGAUGUAACGACAUACCGUUUUCCAAUCUGACAAACGAUCAAGUCGUACAGAACGCCGAGCAGAUGUACUACGGAGGAGAACUGCCUGUGGUUUUGCCGAAACCAUCAAUCUGUACAUGCGACGUCCAUGAUCUGAUGAUCAAGUGUUGGAAACGGGAUCAGAACGUGAGACCGACCUUCAGGGAAAUAUACUUGUUCCUGAAGAGGAAACACAUGGGCGAGACGUUGUCCAGCCAUCCGAAGAAAAUCGACGUUUAAACAUCCUUACACAUCGACAUAAAAAAACUAUUAAUAAAUUGACAGUAUUAAAAAUGUUAUUACAUUACUCCUUGUACAUUAUUUGAUUUGCCAAAAGAUACGAGAUAUUGUGGGGUUCAUUAAUGACAAUAUGCCAGCAAACCUAAUCAUUAGCAUUUUUCGAACCCUAGUAGUGCUGUAAUUUAGGUUAUAGGUCAGAUAAGGUUUGAAUAUAUUCAUUUUUCAUAUUAAUUACAUAACCUACAAGCUCAUUAGAUGUUAAUUUAUUAAAUUUAACUUUAUAAUAGUCUUACGUAAUUUUUUAAAUAAUUUUCUUUACUGCGUACAAUCGUCAACCCCUUAUUCACAUCAAUUUUGUAAAUCCUUUUUAAAUAAUUUUUUUAUACAUUAUUUUAAUCAGUCUUAGUUAAAGUUGAAGUUUUUUACCUUCUGAGUCACCAAUACUAUCAAAAUCUUUGUAUAAUAAUGUGUUGUUUAAUGACUGGUGGUUCAAUAAGUGGUUGAAAUAGCUUUUCAUUUAAUUGACUAUGUUUCGUCCUUUACUCAGGUCAUCUUCAAAGCAUAACCUGUAGUGUUAUUUUUGUACUUUGUUAAGUUUAAACAUGGUUAAAAUGUUGUGAUUGUGUUCACGACAUUUACACUUAAAAAACAUGAUAGUGCAAGAACGCUAUAUUUUAUGACUUGAAGAUGUCUCGAAUAAAGGUCGAAACAUCGGCAAUUACAUGAAGAAUGUGUGAAUGACCGUUCCUCAUUGUUUCAACCACUGUUUUAUAAUAAUUUUUUGAAGCUCGAUUUAGUUGCAAGGAACCACAAUAUAAAUCCAGUGUCAUAUAAAGAUUUUAAAAAAUGUAUCAAAGCAUUGAGAAAAACAAAAAAGUCUAUUUUAAUGCUGUAAAUUUAAAUUCAAAAUUAUUCAAUAAUUACUAACCUGGUUUUUCUCUUGUUCAGUAUUUCAUCAGUUUAGGGUUGUAGUUAGCGAACAAAUAAGUUUAUUCUCUUUGUAGCGGUUUUGAAACUAUGGCCUCCUUCCUUUUCAGUGUCAGAUUUCCCUCAUGAUGAAGGAGAGAAAUCCAAUCAGUACUUCUGAAUUACAAAGAGAAUAGGGAUAGGGAUGAAAGAUGCCCCAAGACCAUCCACACCUCGAGUAGGUCGAAUAUCAGUGCUCCUCUGGUUUUUAUAACUCACUGGCCAGCUUCAGGUUGUUAAUCAACCUCCAUAGCCUUCCCAGUGGCUCCUUAGUGUAGGAUCUUACUUGUGGUUUUUCUUGUCCUAGUUACAAGAACCUGCUCCUACAUAGACGUUCAUAGAAACAUAAAAUUGUGUUCUGUGGUCUCCUCCUCUUCUUGGCAGUAUCUGCACAGUGUUUCUUCAGUCUGAAUUGCUAUUCUGUGCAGUGCUUUCUUAAAUGGCAGCGUCCUGCCAGAAGUCCAACCGGAAUCCUGGUUCAGUUGCUGUUGCCUUCCAAUAAUUCCUUUGUAAGUUUUACAGAUGGCCCUUCUACCUUCGUGCACCUCAUAACAAUGUACGACCAGUUUUGGGCUCGUUAAGGAUCCAUUUUUAGACGUAUCCUGUUUUGUGGCAAGAUGCUAAGCCACACUAGGGUCAGGAUCUAGAGAGUCCAUGUUGGCUCCAUCUUGGGCCGACCAAAUUGUCGUUGUCUCUAUGCCCUGAAUGCCAGGAACACAAGGGUCAGGUCAUUAGUAUGUUUCACAGUGUUACUUCAUUCUGUACUCAUAUCCGGUGCAUGUACUUUCCUAAGUGGCAGUCAGGUCAGGAGUCUAACCAGAAUCCUGGUUCGGUUGCGGUAGUAAUUCCUUUAUAAGUGUAACUCUUCGCCUGCAUAGGGUAUUAUUCCACCAGACAUUGGACAGUUUACAGUCAGUUCAGUCUUUGGAUUCAUCCCGAAGACUCCAGCCCUCCUGACAGUUUUGGAGCCAUCAGUGUACCAGUAAGUAUCUGCCUUGACUGUUUGGCCCAUUCUUCCCGUUCUGGUAUCAAUACCUUGUACUUUUUAAUUCAGGAAUAUUUUGGAGUAGCGGCACUGACAUGCCUAAUAUGGCAUCUGCCUCUAUCUCCUCUAGCUUUUCUUUAAUUACAUCCCGUAGAGUCUUGGUCCACCGCACCACCAACCCAGCAAAGAGAUUAUACGUUGUUCUCUAAUUACAACCCCUAUUAAUUUUAAUUACUAAAUAAUAAUUUUUUGUGAGUUAUUUUUGAUUGCAGUGCAAUAUAAUAAACAUGGAUGAAGAGUAGAAUUAGGGUCAUAAGAUAGAAACUGCUUCAAGUUAAAAAAAAAUUGUGAUAGAACCCCUGAAAAAAGACUGUCUAGCUACUUUUGAAGCAUUGUGAAUCCCUAUUUUUUUCUUUUUUUUCUUGAUUAUGCAUAGGCGUUUUUCAUUUUAAUAGAGUUAUGUAUUAAUUAAUGGUGCAGCAGUGUAGAUAAGGUGUGUGGUGUGUUAUAUUCGCAGAUUUUGUAAAUAACCAUGUAUAUAAAUAAAUUGUGUACAAUGUUGUAAAAAAAAUAAUACUGUAAAUUGUUGUAAAUCUAGAUCACUUUUAUCGUGUAGAAUUUGACUUUGACACAGACUAAAACGCCAGAGAAUAAAAAUGAAAAGACUGUACAAUUUGAAUGGAUUAUGGACAAAAAAAAAAAAUUCCUACACGUUUAAAAUAUUUGCAAAUCGAUUAAUCUGGCUUCACGACUGUAGUUGUACAAAUAUUUAUACUAUCACUUAUCACUCUAUUCCCUGUUGGAAGUUUUCAAAGGUCGAAAUCAGGGUUGCAUUCCUACCUCAUGAGCGAAUGGUGAAUCGGUUUUCAUCUCGGAUGUUGUGUUUGUUUUCCAAGUAUAGCAAUUUGAAAGAAAAAAAAAACUAUCUUAAAUGCCUAUUUUUUAAAUAUAUUUUCAAACUAGAAAUAAAAUAAAUCAAACUUGAUAUUUUUCUACACUGCUUGUAUUUAAAGUUAGUUGCUUUCAGAUUUAAAACAUUUCUUUUUUUCAAAGGAUUAAAAAGCGAUCCUAACACUAAUCCCGAUUGGAUUUAGCGAUUAGUCUUUUAUUUGUUGAAUUAUAAAUUCUCUUCUACUAGUCUUUCAAGUGUGAGAAUGUGCAAAUUGAUUUAUUUUUGUGUUUUUACUCAA